AAUGCAUAGAUACGUACCGUUAUCUCUAGGCAAUGAACGAGCUUAUGCAACCACCGUUUACUGUUAAUCAUCACAGAGGGCAACGACUUCGCCAGCCUGACUGAGAGCUUGUUUCUUUCUCAGCAUUCAAUCCCAUUCACCAUCAACCAUUAUCAUAUCCGCCCGAUACGACACCCAAACCAAUACCACCAUUCUAUAAUUACACUCCUCCACUCGUUUUCAUUUUUUUUUCAAUUCACCAUAAUACGAGCGAGCUCCCCCAAAUUGGGAGCUUUUUAUCAAGAUGCCUUCUGCCACCGGUUCGAGUUGGGAGAAGUAUCAAAAGAACUACGCCGAUGACGAGCUAGAAGAGAAGAAGAUCACACCAUUAACAGACGAAGAUAUCCAAGUCCUUAAAACAUACGGAGCCGCACCCUACGGAACAGCGAUCAAGAACCUCGAGAAGCAAAUCAAGGACAAACAACAAUCCGUCGACGAGAAAAUCGGCGUCAAGGAGUCCGACACGGGUCUUGCGCCACCUCACCUAUGGGAUGUCGCCGCCGACCGUCAACGCAUGUCAGAAGAGCAACCGCUUCAGGUAGCGCGGUGUACCAAAAUCAUUGCGGACGAGAAGGACGAGACCAAGAGCAAAUAUGUCAUCAACGUAAAACAAAUCGCCAAGUUCGUCGUCCAGCUCGGUGAACGCGUGUCCCCGACCGAUAUCGAGGAAGGCAUGCGUGUGGGUGUCGACAGGAAUAAAUACCAGAUUCUGUUACCGCUGCCGCCCAAGAUCGAUGCUAGCGUUACCAUGAUGACAGUCGAGGAGAAGCCGGAUGUCACGUACGGUGAUGUGGGAGGUUGCAAAGAGCAGGUUGAGAAGCUGAGAGAAGUCGUGGAGAUGCCUCUACUCUCGCCCGAGCGAUUCGUCAACCUAGGUAUCGAUCCCCCGAAGGGUGCCCUUCUCUAUGGUCCUCCCGGUACCGGAAAAACCCUUUGCGCCCGAGCCGUCGCGAACAGAACAGAUGCCACAUUCAUCCGAGUUAUCGGUAGUGAGUUAGUACAAAAGUACGUCGGAGAGGGAGCCCGAAUGGUGCGAGAGCUCUUCGAAAUGGCCCGAACGAAGAAGGCGUGUAUCAUCUUCUUCGACGAAAUCGAUGCUGUCGGUGGUGCGCGAUUCGAUGACGGAGCUGGUGGUGACAACGAAGUCCAGCGAACUAUGCUGGAACUCAUCACUCAACUUGACGGUUUCGACGCCCGAGGAAACAUUAAGGUCAUGUUCGCUACCAACAGACCCUCCACGCUAGACCCUGCCCUCAUGCGACCUGGCCGUAUCGACCGAAAGAUCGAGUUCUCGCUACCGGACCUCGAGGGCCGGGCAAACAUCCUCCGAAUCCACGCCAAGAGUAUGUCUGUGGAACGCGACAUCCGAUGGGAGCUUAUCUCCCGUCUCUGCCCCAACGCCACCGGUGCUGAACUACGCAGUGUGUGCACUGAAGCUGGCAUGUUCGCAAUUCGCGCCAGGAGAAAGGUAGCCUCGGAGAAGGACUUCCUAAGCGCCGUCGACAAGGUCAUCAAGGGUAACUUGAAGUUCAACUCUACCGCCACAUACAUGCAAUACAAUUAGAGAAAGCGAAAAAAAUUGCUUGCCUUACGGGGUGCGGAAUGUAUGAUAGAUAAUGGACAACAAUGGAGUGACUGAUUAAUGGCUAUACUGGGUGUUCACUAGAUUCCGUUCCGUUGUACCAAUAAAGCGUCUUCAUGCAU